AUACUCAGCCACGCUCUUGUGCUCUGUUCUCACCCUGCGCUCCACCAACCAAACGACACUGCCCCGCGCUGGAGAUUCCCCUGGCCUGGGGUCAAUCACUGUAGGUAGGUAGGGUAAGGUGAGGUGAGGUGGUGCAGCCAUAGGUACCUUAGACUGAGAUACGUACGUAGUAGGCCAGGUAGGACAACCAAGGUACUAAUUAACUUAACUGGGUGGCCUUCCAGUUACUUCUUCAGCCGCGCACCAAACCAACUCAGCCCAACCAACCUUCAAAACCCCCUUCACACGCAACAUCUCCUUUCUCUAUCCUGGCUUCUUCAUAAGUCUCUCUUUUCGUCUGAGUUGGAACUGGAAAAAGAAAUACACAACCCCCCGCACUCAUCAUGGCCUACAACCGCCCCUAUGACGAGGAUGCUCUCCCUAGAUUCGCUGAGCCAGAGCCUGUAUGUCUGAAAUACACGCACCGUUAACGCUAUCACAACGUCGAGAAGCUCAAACUGACCCUGCGCCCCCCAGAAACCAGGACAGUCAAGGACACCUGCCCCGCAGCAGCACCCUCCUCCUCAGCAGCACCACCAGCAGCAACAGCAAUACGCCCCUCAACAACAGUAUCACCACCAACAGCCUCGAUAUGACAAGCCCCUACCUGCUCAACGAGAUGCGCGAUCCCAUUCCCUAGGCCAGGGUGCUUACGGCCAUAUGUCGCCGCCCCCAAACCCUGGUGGUGCUAGGCCACAGGCCCAUAACCGCCCUGCUCCCAACUCACGACCUCCUCCAUCGCCUGGUAUCGAUGGCAGUGGUUCAGACCCUUCACUUUUGCCCCUUUUCCGCGCCGUAGACAAAGAUGGCACCGGCCACCUUUCCGAGAGGGAACUUUCUGCCGCCCUUGUCAACGGAGACUGGACCGCCUUUGAUCCUCAUACCGUCCGCAUGAUGAUUCGAAUGUUUGACUCCGAUCGAAGUGGCACUAUUGGUUUUGAGGAGUUUUGUGGGCUGUGGUCCUUCUUGGCUUCGUGGAGGACUCUAUUCGACCGAUUCGACGCCGACCGCAGCGGCAACAUCUCUCUAUCCGAAUUCAACAACGCACUUGUAGCCUUCCGAUACCGACUCAGCCCUCAGUUUGUUGAGUUACUCUUUAACACCUAUGAUAAGAGGAAUGAGGGGGUAAUGAGCUUUGAUCUCUUUGUUCAAAGCUGUAUUUCCUUGAAACGCAUGACAGACGUGUUCAAGAAGUAUGAUGACGAUCGCGACGGCUACAUCACCUUAAGCUUUGAGGAUUUCUUGACGGAAAUCCUUAAGCAGCUCAAAUAGGCGAUGUAUAAGCGUCAAGGCUGAACUACUAUAUGCCGGAAGCCAGUACUGGAGCUAAACCAAACAUUGAGGGCUCUAGUCGUCAUGUGGAUUUGAUUUUCGCAUCCUGAGGGAAGGGAUAAGCCAUGCAUAUAUGUUGUAGUGGAAUUUACGACAGAUACAGCCCGGGCUGGGCGGUUGGGGAGGGAGGUGUUAAGAUGUGAUAGCAUGAACCAAAGAUACCCUAGGUCGAGUCUCCGGAUCCUGGCUUAGAGACCGAAACUUACCUUAACAUCAAACAUGAAUUAUAUUGCUUAGCAUGUUUCUUUAUGACCACUGCGAUUCCAUGCGGCAUGAUGUCUCAAAGUACAAGGCUGGCGCCGCCCAGGCGUCUUAAUAGUAGCUUACUUACACCCAACUCAACAGAACAUAUCCAAAUGUUUCGACUUGUAGAUGAGCGCUAAGUGACUCCCGUUAACGGUGAAGGA